UAAACAAAAUAGCAUGACUCAGGUAUAAUUCAACAACAAGUUAUCUAGUACUGUUUUUAAGGUAAUGACUAUAAUCAUUGUUUUCAUGUUGAUCUAGUAAACCACGCAAUCAAAUACAUUGACAUUAGUAUAUUUACAACAUCUAAUUAAAUAUUUACCGCACAUUGUUCUCCACAUUGAUAAAUAUUAACUUCAUUUUAACUUUAUUGACCUCAUCACAAAAGGCAGGACCAAACCCACCAUGCUAUUGCCUAUUGCAGACAACGUAGUGUUUAUACCGUAAUGAUAGCUUAUUAUAAACGUAUAACAACAGGUUAUUAUAUACAACCCAUGAGUUUUCGUUGCCAAUCAGCCACCGCCCUUUUCGAGUCACUCAUAGGUGGGCUUGCAGCCAGAGUCCGUUGUAUAACAAAGAAGAACAGGUGGACUUUUACUGGAGCGAGAGAUGACCUUACACGGCGCGCGCACACAGACACACGCACAGGCACACGCACUGUUCCUUCAUUGUGACAUUGUCACCAAUGUUGUAACUCGAGUCUAUUUUAAAUGGUGCCUUGCAAGGCAACUGUGGCCUUUUCCCUUCCUUCCAUCUUUGUAUCUCGUCUGUCACUUCGAGCAAAAUGUACAAUGACAAUGACAAACAGCAACAUGUCACCCAACCCACCACUAUUUUACGGUAUAUCCAAAUGUGUUUGUGUUGGGUUGAGUGUGGACUCUGUAGCUCUAUAGAUAGGACUCUAUAGGGGGUGUGUGUGAAAGGGUAGUGAGGUUGUAAAAGAGGUAUUGGUGCAACAUGAAGACAUUUGUCUUGUUUGUGUGUUUUGUACAUUUCUGUGUGAGAUAUGUCUGUCAAAGUCCAUAAAAGAUUGCAAUGAGGACACCGAGUUCAGUUUCAAAAGUCCCAUAGAAAUGAACCAGGGCAUGGUAACCAUUGCCAAUGAAGGUCAAUACAUCUUCGGCCACACAAUUCUUGGUUACUUUACAAACUCUUCGGAAAGUGUACCCAAGAGGCAAAGAAAGCUCCAGAAAGCCCAAGGGCUGACUGACCGGGACAAUAACUCCUGGCCGUUGCCAAAUCCGGUUCCCACUCAACCCCAAAAAAGGAAAGGAAUGUUGAAGAUGUCUUCGUUUGACAAGACUGCAAAAGUUCACACCACAAAACGAAAAUGUCUACGAUAAGGUGCAGCUGUGCAGUUGCUCUGUUUGGAGUGCUAACUCCAUCCAACUAAUGUUGACAUUUACCGUUUGUUUACAGCGUCGCUGUACUGGUAUUUUUAGAACGUCACAGGGCGACAGUAUGUAAGGAUCGAACCAGGAAUGUGAGGCCAGGUGGUGCAUGUGUACAUGUGUGCAUGUGUGCAUGUGUGUGUAUGUACAAUCGUACAUGUAUGCAUGUGUGUGUAUGUACAAUCGUACAUGUAUGCAUGUGUGCAUGUGUGCAUGUGUGUGUGUGUGUGUGUGGAACUAACUUUGAUUGACACCAGUGACUCAACCUCCUCAUUCGACCUUAGACCCUUCCCUUUUUUAGAUUUGACUUGUAAAUGUCUCUCCUGGGAAUGCAAAUGUUGGUGCCAGGGUAUUCCUUAGGGCGGUGAUGUAGUACAGGGUGCUUGAUGUGAGUUUGGGUUUAUGUUCCUUGCAGUUGUGUUUGCAGCUCGGGUACAUUUGACAAUGGGCAAAUUUAGACAAUAAUUUUGUAGCUAUUGCCACAAAUGUUAUAAAUAUUUUACAAUCACUAUUGGGAUUAGGUCAUUUUUUAUUCGAUAUAUUACGGUCUUAAAUUCAAACUUUAACCGACUUUGACUUAACUUAUAAAAAACACACCGUUAAGCUGAUUCUCAGUUCUAACAUGUUUGUGCCCAUUACAUAUUUGAAACACAUGUACUACAUAUAUUGAUUGAUUUUACACUUUAUACAACUUUUAAUCAUGAAAAUGUCCUUUGUCCUUUGUGACAUGAAAGUGGUCCCCAGAAGGCUUGGUGAGAACAUGUCAGUGAAUACUCCUUGCAGCUCACUGCAGCUGAGGCACAUUAGCUUUGGCCUAGAGACUAGUUAUCAAAUUUAUCUUUUUCACUUCACAGAUACCAACGAGCACUGAUCACGUAGUUCACUUGACAAGUAAUCCAUUCUACUUUAACUAAACCAUGAGAGGUCAGGCCUUUUCUUCAGUAGUUGUGUGGUCGGUUGUUAGGAAUUCCCAUUGCUGGUCUAGUUUUAUAAUUCCUGUCUAUCCUGUCCUGUUUAUCUGUUUAUCUGUAUGCUUCAAAGCACCCCCGAUUUUUAUAUAAACCAAGUCGAUUCACAUUCAAAUCUAUGGAAUUUGCGUCUGUAAAUAAGUGAAGUAAGGCAGCAAGUUUCCUUUGAAUAGUGGUGAUUAAAAGUGAUCAUGAUAAGUGGUGUUUCACGUGACUAUACACAAAAUAAUAGACCGUAACAAUGGGUCUGCCUGUUUCUAAAGUACGCUCUGGCCUGUUGUACUUAAGAGAUUAAAAGAGAACUUUGUAGUCUAAAAGGUAUUUAUUUAUGCAGCCUAAUGAUUAAUAAGAGACUCAAAAAAGACUGAUGGAUGUUCAGUGAAAUAUAUUUUUACUUUUAUUCCAAUACGGUUUUAGGGAUCGGAAAUUGUGUUGACACUGUGAAUAAUGGUUUUCUGCAUCCCUAUUUCUGAAAAUGUAUCAUGAUUCUAGUCUAGGUUGUUGCAAUAUUUACAGGAAUCAUUCACUGGGGUCAGGUACUUUCAAUCUUUACCUGACAUACUUUCUAUGUGAACUACUCACCACCAGUAUGAUUAGGGAGUCAGUUAAUGAGUCACAGUCAGACGGAUCUAUACAACCCCCUCUCUGGAAGUCCUUCUCCUCCAGAAGUCUGUAAUCUGCCUGCUAAUCCCUUGUAAUAAUCCCCUGUGUGUCUUCACCUAAUACACAUUAGCAGGUAGCUACUUUAGGGUCGGCUGGGUUCAGUGUGUACAGUAUGUGGAUAUUUCUUCAAAUUAUAAAAUGCAGGAAGUGUUAUAUUAGAUACUUUUGGCGAGUUGAGGGGGAAACAAAUUAAGAAUUUAUGUGUUCCACGACAGGAUUGUGUUCCACCACAGGGAACAGUAUCCGAUGAAUUGUGUAUGCUUUCUUUUAACUGUCUCUCUGAAGGCAUCUGUUCAAUGUGUCACACUUUUACCUGAAAAAGGGCCAGAGCACUGAGAAGUUGAUAAAAGUUUAUCUUGUACAAGGAAAAUUAAAAUAUUAGGGGUAAGGUAAGAGACAAGGUGUUCUGGAGCUGUCGAGGCGGAGUCCGUUCGCCUGCUGGUUCAGCUCCAUGCUCUUCUGCUUCGGAGGAGCCGUCCUGUCCGGCCUCAUGAUGGCCGAGCCGCCAAUCGCCCCGCUGUCCAACAGCACCAACGUCCUGCUGGCCUCGCUCAUCUGGUACCUGGUGUUCUACUGCCCCUGGGACCUGCUCUACUCCUGCGCCGCUCUGCUGCCCUUCCGGCUGGUUCUGUCAGGGAUGAAGGAGGUGACGCGGACGUGGAAGGUGCUGGGGGGAGUGAGCCAGGCCAGCAUCAAGUACCAGGACAGCCUGCUGGUCAUGAUCGCCAUCGGCUGGGCAAAAGGUGCUGGAGGCGGGCUGAUAGCUAACUUUGAGCAGCUGGUCCGAGGGGUCUGGAAACCUGAGACCAACGAGCUCCUUAAGAUGUCCUACCCGACCAAGAUCACCCUGAUCGGGGCGGUGAUGUUCUCCCUCCAGCACACCAGCUACCUGCCCCUCCAGAAGCACCACCUCAUGCUCAUCUACACCGUCUUCAACGUGGUCAACAAGGCGAGGAUCAUCAUCACAGGCUCCUCCACCUCCCCCUUCGCCCUGUUGGAGUCGGUCAUCUACAAGACACUGUUUGCCGGCUCCUCCUCCUCCUCCUCCUCCUCCUCCUCCUCCCCUUACACGGCCCUGAGCUCCGACGGCAAGAAGCCAGUCGCCAUCGACAACGGCAACACCUCCGCGAACAAGAAGAAACCGUCCUCGUCCUCCACGCCGACCAAGGAGUCCGGGGAGAGGAGAAGCCAGGCCUUGGCUUCCCCUACUCGGGGGAAGAGAGAAGACCAAAGAAGCGCCAAGACCAAAGAACAGGAAGAAGACAGUAGCUGUAAGAAGACUGACUAGUCGGCCAUUUUGACCGUAGUGCCUCUCCCUUCUCAAUAAAGCAAGAGGCUUGUUUUACAUUGGCUGUCAGCAUGUGACGAGGCUUACUUUUGGUACUCUCUCUCUCUCUUUGCUGUAUAUAUUAUAUUUUUAUAAUUUCCUGAGCUGUAUUUAACUCUUGAACUGACAGGGAAAAUAAUUACAAUGGGGACGUAAUAAGCCCCUGUUGAAAUCGAAUAUGAGUGUGACGCCCCAAUCAAAGUUCUCCUAUUUAAUUCUAGGGUGAGGGUGACCCCAUUUUCAUCAUGCAGUGCUGUAGUACUCCUUCAUGGUGUGAUUGAGCACCAUGCUGAACCCCAGCGAAUGCUGAAUGUGUUUAGCAGGCUUUUUAUACAUAUUUAUAAUGACAAAUCAUAGUUUAUUAUAGCUUAAUCUAUCAUGUUUGGGGACAAACCUGGACUGUUUAACUACUGAUCUGAUGUUGUUUGUCCGCUCUCUCUUCUAUAUAAAUGCUUAUUUAGGUACAAUGUACAGUAUGUACAUACUCCUUACGCUGCACUUUCGGAAGAAAUUCCUAAAAACAUUCAAAUAUAUAUUGUCAGGUACUAUUGAGAUAUUUUAUCCUGUGCAUACAAUGAAUUGUACUGCUGAAUGUAAAGAAUAUUUUUUUCUUAAAGAGAAUGCUUUUUUACACUCUAUUCAGAUUAUAUGGUGGAUGCUUUUGAAUACGUGGGAAUGCUUGAAAAUAAAUAUAUUAAUACGAAUACCAAAACUUGUGUGGUUCCUUCUU